AUGACAUUCCUUGCAUCCCUUGAAAUAUCCUCAAAAGCACCAAUCUUAGGGCAACCUUGUUGUGUUGAAACUUGUAACUGGCAUAUCCCGACAGGCGCAACAAGCGCAUCAAUUAUGUGCAGAAGAUGGGAAUAUAGCUAUAUGGCUGAGCAUCCAUCGAAGAUAUACCGUGCCAGAGGACGACGUACACCGAUGACGAGAAGAGCUAUGCUUGAAGCCCAACCAAGGAGACGAGGUUCUCCCAAAGACCCUCUCUCUUAUACCUUAAAUUGCUCGAAGUUUAAUGUUGGAAAUUGA